AUGUCCUCAUUGUUUUGGUUGCAAUCAGUUGAAGAUGGUCAGAAAAUUCAAGUUCCUCCGACUCUAAACUUCAGUGGCAAUACAAACAAAGAGCAAAUCAAGAAUUUAUCUUACGUUGGAAAAGCUGUAAAACCUUAUAGACCUCGUCCUCCUCCAUAUUUCGUGGUUAUACACUUCCUCCAGAACAUCCUUGUAACACUUUCACUUUACCUCCUCCACCAGCUGACAAAAAACGAACCGGACCACGUCGUAAGAUCAAAUACUAAUAUUCAUGUGACAACAUGCCCGGUUUGUUACCUUCCAUUAGAAGAAGCUAUCGCCCUGAUGCCAAGCGCACCCUCGUUUUCUCCUGUUCUUAAGAAUUUAACAUAUAUACAUGAGAAGCCGCUAAACCGAAAAACAGAGUUUGGAGGGUCAGAUUUUGGCGGUCAUCCGACUUUGAAACAGAGGAGAAGAUCUUUUAACAUCAAAGCAACCAUGAGUGUGCAUUGUGGGUUUGUCAAAGGAACAGAACCUGGAAGAGGAACAGGAUUUGAUAUCGACAAGACUGACCUUCUUGAAAUGAAGCGGUGUCGAAGGAUAGUUGUUGCUUCUGAAGUGUUUGAUGCUUUUGAUGACGUAAAGAGCCCGCGCAAUAUUAGUAAAUAUUCCGAACAAACGGUUUGCUUCUUCAUGUUUGUUGACGAAAAAACUGAGGCAAGGUUGAAGAGAGAUAAAGACUUUAAUGUCACCACCAUGAAAGUAGGAUUAUGGAGAGUUGUUGUUGUUCAUAAUCUUCCUUAUUGA